AGAGAGACACACACACACACACAGACCAAUGAAACCGAGCGGACUGACUGACAGGAGUUUAAGCUGAAGUGAAUCUGAGGUAUCUGCGUGUCUGCAGUUUGAGAUUGCUGGGCUGUGAGUGUGUUUGUGAUGGGGGCGUCUCUGUGCCGGACAGACCGCUGGCUCUUGGUUGUCCCAGGCCGCAGACGCAGCGCUCAUAAAGGCUGUCUGACGGGUGGAGACGAGUCUCUGGAUGGGCUGGACCGACAGGAGGACAUUGCUCAGUUCCCCUAUGUAGAGUUCACCGGCCGCGACAGCAUCACCUGCCCUACCUGCCAGGGCUCCGGACGCAUCCCAGCAGGGCAGCUGAAUGAGUUGGUUGCUCUGAUCCCCUACAGCGAUCAAAGGUUACAGCCUCGGAGAACGAAGCUGUAUGUGGUGCUGUCAGUAAUUCUGUGUCUGCUGGCGUCUUUUCUGGUGGCUUUCUUCCUGUUUCCACGUGCUGUGCUGGUGGUGGACGAUGGCAUCCGCUCCGUGACUGUGCACUUUGACCGAAACAACAGCAAAGUGCUCAUCAACAUGACGAGCUCGCUGAACUUCACCAACUCUAAUUUCUUCACGGUGUGGGUGGACAGUGUGAGCUGUCAGGUGCUCUACAUGAAGAGCGUCAUUGGCUCUCAGCAGCUGGAUAACGUCAUCCACAUUCAGCCCCUCAGCCAGAGACAGGUCAACUUCACUGUCAAGAUGGAGAUCGGAGGAAGCCUCUCUUAUGUUUAUGCUUUUUGCACAAUGGCCACCAUCAAGGUCCACAACAUCGUGGUGUUCAUGCAGACCUCAGUGAAAACCUCCUACAUGGUGCGAGCGGGACAGAAUACUGUGGAAACGUACCGCUACAUCGACUGCGGCUCAAACUCCACCGUGCACCAGCCAUCAGGACUCGCCUGGUCUAAUCCUCAGAACAGGAAACUGCUCCGGUGAAAACUCAGCCGGUAGACGCUCGCUCAUUUCUCAGAAGGCAGCUCCGUUUCUUUAAUUCCUGUCACUGUACAAGCUCAACACAUCCAAUAUGAUGUACAAUAUCACUGAAUCAUCUCUCAGAACAGAUGCUGCAGUCUCUCACUUACAGUUUAGUAUUGUUUCUUGCCCAAAUAUCUAAAAAUCCAGAAGCAUUUUCCACACUAGCGCUAAAUAUAGUGCUGUUUUCAGGAAUAAAGAGUCAAAAUGCAGAGAGAUUUUCAUUAAAACAAGCCGAAUAAUCUGACAGUGAGGGAAGCAGAAUACUCUUGAUGUUAUUCCUGAUACAAGAUCAUUUCACUUCCUCCAUCGUCAGAUUAUUCUGUUUGUUUUAAGGAGAAUCUCUCUUGAUUUUGACUCAUUUCUUAAAGCAAGACUAUAUUUCAUACUGGAUUAGGAAAUGCUUCUUGAUUUUCGAGUUUGUAGAUGUUUUGAUGAGUGUUUGGACUAGACACUGAAAGUUAGAGCAGCAUGUGUUGCGGUGUGCUGGAAAGGGCUCUGCUUUCUUUGAUCAGUUCUCUAUCUUUAUCAUCUAUUAGAGUUGCUGUACAUGUAUUUUUGCAGUGAUUUGACCAAAAGGGAGAUUUUAUUUAAUUAUUGACAGGAUGCUGAUGUGCACUUUAAAAUACCUCUUGCUUUAAUUUAUUUGAUGUUUUUUCUUAUUGCCAAAUGUCUGUCCUUGUGUUUGUAAUGUCCAGUAAUUCAUCUGAUUUCUGCUGAUUAUUCUCUUAUUUAUUCAUUUUGUUCUGCAGUAAAACUCAACUUGAAUUCAUCAGUGACCAAUAAUCAGGAUAUAUAGACUGAAAUUAUACAUAUUCCUGGCAGAUUCUGACUUAAAGUUACUUUUACUGACCCAGGCUUCUCCUACAAAAGAGUUAGAGGAUGUGCAAGAGGCGUCAUUCUGGAAAAAUAUACUUCAUAGCUUUUAUUUACAUUUGAACAAAAACUUUAGGUCAGAAUUUGCCAUGGGUGUGAAUAGUUUGAGGUUUGACUGUAAGGUGUAGAUGAAGUGUGUGGUCUCAGUGUUAAUGUGUGUGUUUCUGAUGUGAAGUGCAGAUGUCUGCUGUGCGACGCUGAAGCUGAGGAGGAACCUGUUACACAGCAGUGACCUGCUUCAGUCUCUGCAUCUGUGAUGCCAUGAUAAUGUGUUUCACCAAGCUUUAAUUGAUCAAAUGCUGACAGAUGCUCCUCAUUGACAGAAGCAGCUUUACUGAGGCACUUUCUUUCUCUGCAGAUUUGGCUGAAUAAUUGACUUUUAGUCGUGUUUUUCAUUGUCGGACAUGUUUAAAAAUAAGCUGAUAAUAAAGUGUUGGAUUGAGUUUUUGCUCUGAA